AUGGUGCGCAACGUGGCUGCAUUGUCAAUAAAAGAUGUGUUGGCAAAUCAGCCGUCGUGCGAAGUACACACGCUGAAAAAUGGUUUCCGUGUCGCGGCCGAAGAUAACGGAAAGCAAACUGCGACUGUCGGAGUGUGGAUUGAGACCGGGUCUCGCUACGAGAAUGAAGGAAACAACGGUGUUGCCCAUUUUCUGGAGCGGCUCAUGCAUAAGGGGACCGGUAAACGAGCUUCGAAAGCUCUUGAGAGCGAAUUGGAGGCGAUUGGCGCUAGAAUGCAGUCUUACACUACGCGAGAUCGCACCGCCGUCUUUGUGCAGUCCUCUUCUCAAGAUGUCGAGAAAGUGGUGGAUAUCCUCGCCGACGUCCUUCGUAACAGCAAAUUGGACUCCUCUGCAAUAGAGGCAGAACGUGAAGUGUUGAUCCGUGAACUCGAGGAAAAGGAAUGCGAUCUGCAAGGAGUAACCAUGGAUAAUCUUCAUCUUGCGGCCUUCCAAGUAACCAAUGAGGCAGUGCAGCCAUCCUGCAAACUUGAAGGAGUCGGCAGUCGGAGGACAACCUUAGCCGCCAAUCCGAAUGUACUUUCAGGUCAAUGGGAUGUCACUCACGCUACCUCUCGUACUGCCCCUUCACGAUGGGUUCAAAAGAUCUCCCACGAACAUGGGCUCCAUUUUCUUCAACACUUCAACAUCAACUACAAGGACACUGGUCUGUUCGGUGUGUACUUUGUAAGUAAUGGAGACGAUCUCAUUAACUCAGAGGGUAUCAUGAGAAGUGUCCAGCAUGAGUGGAAGGUAUAG